AUGACUUCAAGCAAAUCACUCCAGGACUCGCCAGGCGACGAAUACAUACCUGUACCAGUACAGAUGAAGAUACCGCAUGUGGACUUCAUAUACCGAUUGAGCUGCAAUAUGGCGGAAGACAACCAUGUCGUUGGAGCACCCUUCAAUGCCUUGCACACUCGCAUAAUCAUGCCUAUCGUUGAUGGGACCGUCAAAGGGCCGAGGAUAUCAGCGACGAUCGAACGAAACAGCGGCGCCGACUGGGGCACGACGAUCCAAGGAGCACAUUUCAUGAAAUUGGACGCUCGAUACACACUCAAGACCGACGACGGCGAAUACAUAUAUGUCCGGUCCAAAGGCAUCUUCUCCCCAUCUGCAGAUGACUUCUUCGCUUCAGGACAUCCAGACAGCAUGUCUCACUCCGACGUCGAAUGGUUCUCCAGGCUUCAGUUUGAUGCAGGUUCAGGCCCAUACAACUGGAUGAACAGCAUCUUUGCUAUUGGAGUACUGUCGAUGCACGAGCGCAAGAUUAUCAUUGACGCUUAUCGGGUGACCAACUUUCCUGGGCAGGAGCCCAAAGACAUCAGAGCACGAUGA